CAACGGAUAACAACAGGGCAAAUCCUAAUCGGACCAGUCUCCAAAUAUAACGGUCAGCAGCAGGCAGCGCUCUGGAAGUUCCAAGUUCAAGCAGCAACAUGGACCAUUCAAGCAUCAACAAACCCAAGAUGUUUGACAGCAAACAAAAAGAAAAGAUCUGUGAAGAAAAGAGGCAUCAGCCAUAUACACCGGAAAAGUCUCAGCAACCUGGACACACCACUUUUACGAAGUGUACUUCUGCAAAGAAAAACCCAGUCAGCUCUAAGGAUGAAGAUGUACCUGACGGUAUUCCACUGAAGCCUGUCUCCGUCAAGAGAGCAGUCAACCCCAGACCGGGUCACUCAGAGGGCCGCCAUCGCCUCACUCACGGAGCCACAGGGGUCCAAACAUCCCGACAUCCGUGGGGAGAUCCCGACCAGCUGCCUGAUGACCAACGGCGCCAGGCCCACGCCAUAAACAACGAACAGCUGAUCCUUCAGGAGAAGCUGAUGAGGACAGCGCAGGUUUGGAAGACGGCCAUCAUACAGGACAGGGAGUCUUCAGAGACAGGGAGCAGAGAACCAGGCCGGAGGAGGGAUCCCGACUUGAGGACAGAAGGGAGGGCCGGCCAUCCACAGGAAGGAAAGAGGGACAAGUGGGACACACAGGAGGGCAAAAGGGUGGAGAAGUUUCCACCCAGGAGGCCAGGGAGAGCGGAGCAGCCCAGCGACUACAAAACAGGAGCAAGCGAACAUCUCAGCAGGUGGGCCGACGAGGGCGUGGCAGUGAUGGAAUCGACCGGCCAUAAAGAAAGGGGUAAAAGGAGCAGCGUACAUUCAUCGGCCAAAACGAGAGGAGAGUCCCAAUGGGGUCAGGCCAGAGCAAACGAAACAGAGGAAGAGCCGCAGGGGAGGGAGAGGAGCUCCGCGGUGGGUCACGGCUCUCGUGGUGAGAAGGAGCAAGUGGGCCAGAGGCGUUCUGGGCACAGGCACUCGGCAGAAGGUCACGGGCGCUCUGCAGAAGGUCACGGGCGCUCUGCAGAAGGUCACGGGCGCUCUGCAGAAGGUCACGGGCGCUCGGCAGAAGGUCACGGGCGCUCGGCAGAAGGUCACGGGCGCUCGGCAGAAGGUCAAGGGCGCUCGGUAGAAGGUCACGGGCGCUCGGCAGAAGGUCAAGGGCGCUCGGUAGAAGGUCACGGCGGUAGAGAAAGGCCCCCUCCCCAGCGGUCCGGGAGGCCACAAGUGGAAGAUCCAAUCCCAGAGGAGAAGGCAGAAGCCAGCCUCCAGCUGCUUGCCUGCCAAUACUGUGAUAGAAAAUUUGCAGCCGCAAGACUGGAGAAACACCUGACUAUCUGCGAGAGGCUCCACCAGUCUCGACGCAAAGCGUACGACUCCUCUAAACACAGGAUCCAAGGGACGGAGAUGGAGAAAUUCAGGCAACACAGAUGCGAGACCGACUCUUCUGAGGUUAAGAAGAGUAAUAGUGGUCAAAAGCCGGCGGCCAAUAGGAGCAUGCACCUCCAGGGGGGUCUGGAGCAGGUCACAUGUCCUCACUGUUCCCGCCGCUUUGCCCCCCGAUCGGCGGAGCGACACAUACCCUUGUGCGAGAACAUCCGAAGCCGCCCUCCUCCUCCUCGUCAUCGCUAUUAAGCUGUACAUUGUGCAUUAAAGACUGGUUUGUUGCAUUAAAAGUGUGCGUGUGAAUUUUAAAGUUCUACCCAGAAAUAAAAAAACAGAA